AUAGUCCUGCCUGUCUUCAGCUUUGAUGUUUUGUGUAAACUCAAUCAUUGAAGACAAAAGUGAGGAUGCAAAUUGUGAUUGGCCAGAAUGACAUGAUAUAUGAUAUCGGAUGAUAAGAGCGUUUGACUCAGAUGUGAUUUUUAUUUUAUAUUUUGGUUCAACACUGGACUUCAGAUAUGUAAAAGGGGAUUUUACCUCUGCUCUUUCCAGAGACCCUUACUGAAGCCAAAAAACGAGACCAAAUACACCUCAACCAUGUGUCCAACCUCUGAAAUAGAAUCUGAGGAUGAAGGAGAUCUUCGCCAGAAAAGAAGGUCCAGGCCAAAUCAGCAGUAUGUGCACUCAGACUCAGAUGACCAAUCGAGUGGCAAUGCCAAAAGAAAACGGUUUGCUAAACCACCUGAUGUUGGUUUCCUAGGACAGACCCCAAAAUCAAGCCAGUCUCGUAAGGAGCCAAAAUCUGGCAAGCGUCCAGUUGUGCGGCCACUAGGUCUGGAGCCUACAAUGAAUGAUUCCUUCGAUGGUAUGAUCUACAACUAUUUAGAAGAUUUGCAGACUUCUGAUUCAAAUAACACUGAGAUGCCAGGAUUUGCUACUGCCCACUGUUCCCAGUACCAGCAGCUCCAGUCCCCACAGCAUGUCCAGCAUCUGCAGGAUCCACAGCGACAAAGUACAGAUAGUGGGAUGUCAGGAUACAGCUCAGGGCAGAACAACAGUCCCCCUGGUCURCAACAACGUGCACAAAAUGGUAUGUCGGUAUACAGCUCAGGGCAGUACAACACCCCACCUGGUGUUCCACAGCAUAGACAAAAUGACUGCUGCUCGGCAGUUUGACUCAAAGCUAACUGACAAGGACUACAGCGAAACUGUCAAGAAGUGGCUUCGUUAUGCGCCAGACCGGGAGGGAGGCAUCCCAAGGAACCAAAGUGACCCAAACCCCAGCCAAACGUGUCCAACUUAGGUUACCCCAACACACACGGUUUCCCUGGUUCAUACAGUACAUGUCUUAACCUCAUGGACACUGUUACUCCAUGGACAUUAGAUUGUUGU